AUGCCUCUGUUUCAGUCACGCCGCGCGGCCCCAACAGAGCCAGCCGCCGCAGAGGCCGCACUCAAGAACCCCGGGCUCUUCCACAGCCGCCGCGAGCCAUCACCGGCACGGACCACCUCGACGACAGCGUCGUCCUCUGGUGACGUGCGUAGCAAGCGAGGCAGCUUCUUGCGGCGCAGCCACGACGACGGCGCCGUCGCCGUCGCGGAGCAAGAAGACGCGCCGCAGCGCAGCCCGAGCCUCCUGCACAAAGGCCUCUACAAGAUGGGCAUGGGCGGCAAUGACAGCGACCUCGAUCCGAGCAUCCUCCGGGCGCGAGAGCACGUCAUGGGUGCCGAGGCGGCCGAGGAGGAGGCGGAUCGGGCGCUGGACGCGGCGAGGCGACGGGUGAGGGAGGCGCGGGAGCACGUCCGGCAGCUCGAGGAGGAGGCCGAGGCGGAUGCGCGACGCGCGAGGAUUAAGCAGCACCACGCGGCCGAGGUGUCGAAGCGCGGCAAAGUGCUGGGACGGCAUGGUCUUUGA